AUGUCGCUAUAUUAUUCUUUGGUAUUUGGGAUUUUGGUGGUGGAAGUGGUGAUCUUCUCUGUUUUGGCUCUUCCGAUCCCGACCAAGUUUCGCAAACCGCUGACGUUGGUGUUGUUGCGGCCGUUCCGGAACGAAGUGGUCCAGAUUAGUAUCAAGGUUAUUCUGGGGUUCAUCCUGUUGCUGUUUGUGGAUACGAUCAACAAGGUGUACAACAUCGACCGGGAGCUGGCCGGAUCGUCUUCGGCAGCCGCCAAGGGUGGGGCUGUCGUGUCGUCGCAGGACAGGAUCGAGCUGCUGUCGCGCAAGUUCCUGGCGCAGAGGAACAUGUAUCUGACGGGGAUGACACUGUUUCUCACUUUCACCGUGGCGAGAACGUUCGGUCUUGUCCAGGAGCUGCUGCAACAGAAGGACAGGUACCGGAAGGAAUCGCCAAAAUUCGACACUUCCGAGAGCGAGAAGGAGAACGAGCAGAGGAAGCAGGAGCUGUUGCAGGAGAUCGAGCGGAAGGACGCGGAGAUUGCUCGUUUGAAGGAGAAGGCCGAGGCGCUCCAGGCGGAGAUGUAG